ACUAUUGUUUUCUUAAUACUCUUUUGCUCCAAAUAAACACAACCGCAAACCAUAGAGUCAAUGCUUUAUAUCUGUGAACCAGCAGUUAUUUAGUCCAACUGAUCCGCACUUGGUAACACAUUUGUUGAAUUCACCUGGUAGUCGUGGCAAAUGCAUGCCAACCAUAGCACCAAUAUUCCUUCAGGAGCUACUGAUCGAACGAUGAUACCAAAAUGUGAGUAUGUUCCAAAUUUGAUCAACUCAAGCAUGCAAGAAGAUGAGAUAUAUGAAGAUCCCGAUAGUCCUGCUGGAAAAAAGAAAAAAGCACCACGAAUCAAAGGUUGGGGCCUGCGCAGGUUCAGUACAAUAGUGUGUGAUAAGGUCAAGGAAAAGGGAAGAACUACUUAUAAUGAGGUUGCAGAUGAAAUUAUAUAUGAGUUAUCAUCCCUGGAGAAAAAAGAUCUGCAGUUUGUGUUUGAUGAGAAAAAUAUUCGGCGGAGAGUUUAUGAUGCAUUUAAUGUUCUAAUGGCAAUUAACGUUAUUGCCAAGGACAAAAAGGAGAUCAAGUGGGUGGGUUUUCCUUCUACGGAAACUGAAGAGUUGGCACAAAUAAAGGAAGAGAAAAUGAAACUGCUAAGUAAGAUCGAACAAAAAGUAAAUUAUCUAAAAGAACUGGAGGAGAAGUUUGGAGAUCUCCAUAAUCUUAUUUGCCGGAACCGAGUAGCACAUAAGUCGGCAAGUGUUUCAUCGGAAGGGAUAGCUCUGCCAUUUUUGUUGGUCCAGACGACUCCAAAGGCCACGGUCGAGAUUGAGAUCUCAGAAGACAUGCGGUCCGUGAACUUCGAGUUCAAUGGAACCCCAUUUACCUUGCACGAUGCUGAUUCCAUCCUCAGAGCCAUGAGGCGCCCCACAUCAGUCGAAAGGGGUCAUGACAACAAUAAUUCAACAGAGAGCCCAGAAUUGGUCGCUGACCAAAAUUGUCAGAAGCUUCACCCUGCUUCUUCGUCAUGAAACUUGGACAGGUUCAGGAGACACUGCUUAGAAAGGAAUAGCAGAUAGGAAGUUUGGUGAUUCAAACAUAGGAUAGACAGAAGUCGAGGCAUUCUGUGCGUGUACAGUGUCCCUCAAUUUUGUAAACCAGAUGGUUUCUUCAUUGAAGAUCCUUUUGUAGAAAAUAUUUAACAUGGUUUU